AUGGAAGCAGAGGCCGAGCUGACUUCCAGUGAUGUUCUUCUUUGCUCGAACGCGCAGCCGCAGGCUCCUCGCAACCUGGAUCCCGCCUUCAUUGGCGACCUAGAGGCGCCAUAUGAGCCUGUGGACGGCGAGGUCGUCAACGACUUCAUCCAGGUGAAUCUUCACUUUCAUUUGGGUGCUGAGCACUACUCUCCCGGCGAGUAUGACAUCGCUCCUCAGGAUACGGGCUUCGGACGAUUCCGGUCUCAGUUGAGUGGCCGAGCAUCAAAGAAUUUUUGGUGCUUGAAGCCGUACUAUCGCCACCUGAAGUACUGCCAGCACUACCUCGCAGGAGUGAUCGAUGAGCUUGAUUGGCUGGUCCAGUACAACGAAAAGACCAAUCCCCCCAUGCCGGACGUGCGACCGGGCUUUUUCUGUGGCCUGGAGGGUAUUCAUCGCUGGUACCUCCAUCCGUACAAAUUCCGCUACUGCGAGGAUGUGAAGGUGGGCUACACAUACGAGUUCCACUGGGUCUACUCCUCCGCGGGGCCUCUUUCUUCGCAGCCGGCAGUGUACCCCGGGUUGGGCCAAGUGUUCAACCGCUCGGUCACUCCCGUCGUCAUUGUGCGGGGGCAGGUCUGCCGCAUUAUCAACAACUGGCACCUGAAGACCAAGAGGCAAGUUUAUGCUGAUUACAACAACUUCCUCUACCAAUGGCGCCAGCCGUCAAUUGCAGAUGCAGUUCGCUAUGUGGGCUCAACUACCUCCGACGCCUACGACAACAAUGUCUGUUCGCCAGUGGAGGUCAAUUGGCACAUGGACACGAAGUGCUGCACACUGAGCGCGCAAGCCAUGGACCUGACCUGCAAGAAGAUGAAAGAGCAGGGGCUCACGGGUGACUUGCGGCCACAGAGCUCCCGUGAGUUGGUCGCUCGCGACUGGUCCUCCACCGUCGCAUAUCCUCUGGAAGAGUCUGAGGAUAUCCCGGCAGUUCGACACUGA